CCCGCCAUGGGGCCCCAGAGCCGGGACGCCUGGGCCCAGCGCCUGGGGGCCUUCCGAGCCAGCCCUGCCGCCUUCCUGGCCGGGGCCGAGGGCGAGCACCUGGGUCGUGACCUGCUGAGUGACCUGAGGAGCGAGAAGCUGAGCGAGCCGACUAAGGUUUCCCUGCUGGCCCUGAGCUUGGAGUACCCAGCCCAGCUGUGGCCUGACGCCCCUGCGGCAGAGGCGGCCGCCACCUCCCUGUUGGACACCCUCGUUCUCCUGCCCCCGCGACCCUCAGCCCUCCGACGGCCCCUGUUGCUGGCCACUACCACCGUCCUGGUGGCAGGCGGCGCCCUGGGCCCCAGCUCGGGAGCUUCCGGCCGGCUCCUGCCGCUCCUGCUCGGCCUGGCCUCCGGCCGGGAUGUAGGGCGAAGCUUUGGCCCCGCCUCGGAACAGCGCCCCCUGCAGGCCACGGCGUGCGAGUGCCUUCGCGAGCUGGAGAGCUGCCAGCCUGGGCUGCUGGGGGGCAGCCUUGGGCCACUGCGGAGCCUGCUGGGGCAAGGGGGUCCUGUGCAGCCCCUCAGCCUGCUGCUGGCGCUGGCGCUGCGCCACACGCUGCUGGUCCGCGGCAGGUCUGGGGCUGGACUGCACAGCCUGCUGCUGGCAGGGGUCUCCUGCAGGGGCAGCGCCUGGGACUGGACACUGGCCAAAGGAGAUGCCCGCCUUCAGCCCCAGGCACCCUGCUGGCCGACAGCUGAAGGGGAGCAGGGCCCUGCAGAGGGAGAACCCAGCUCCGAAGACACCCAGGAGCUGAGGGCCACUGUGGCCCAGCUGCUGGACGCUUCCUACCUGCUCACUCCUGUGGCCCAGGCCCAGCUUCUGUGGCUUCUGGGCUGGGCCCUGCGAGGUCUGCGGACUCAGCCACCAGUGCUCUUCAAGCCACAACUGGUUCGCCUGCUGGGAACAGCGCAGCUGGCCCUGCUGCACUCUAUUCUGGCUCUCAAGGCAGCUUUUGGUGAGGCGCUGUUCACUGCCCAGGAUGAGGCCCUGCUGCUCCGCCGGCUCACCCUGGCAGCCCAGCACCCAUCCCUACCCCAACCCACACAUCUCUUCUACCUGCACUGUAUCCUGACCUUCCCUGAGAACUGGCCGCUGGGCCCGGAGGGGGAGGAGGCUGCCCCGCUGCUGCUGGGACCCCAGCUGUGCCGCAGCCUCAUGCCCAGCCUCCUGCAUGAGCCGAUGGCCCUCCUGGCCCGCCUGCAUUUGCUGUGCCUAUGCUGUGCCGAAGACGAGGACGAGGAGAAAGGCCUAGUCCAGAGCCCACAGCGGUACCUGGAGGAGCUGCUGGCUGGCUUGCGGCAGAGGGCAGCUCUGGAGGGUGGACCCCGCGCACUGGCCAUUCUCUGUUUCCAGGCCUCCUACCUGGUUGCCAGCUGCCUGGCCAAGCAACCUGCAGUGGUAACACCCUUGAUCCAUGGACUGGCUCAACUUUACCAAGCUCGGCCUGUGCUUGCGCCCCACUUUGUGGACUUGUUGGAUCAGUUGGGGCCUGAACUCAGGGAGCCCCUCAGACAGGUGCUGAGGCAGGAAGUGGUGUCCAGGCCAGUCCGGGAUGAAGCUCUUCGCUGGCAUCUGCACAUGCUGGCGAAGGUGGCAGGAGGGGAUGCUCAGAACGCCACCCUCAGCUUCCUGCAGGCUGCAGCCACUCACUGCACUGACUGGGGCCUGCAGCAGGCUCUGCUGGGGGUCUGCCGGGUCUUGCUGCAGACAAGUGGAGGUGCUGGCCUGGCGGAUUUGCUGCAGGUGUUGGCCAGACAGCUAGAGGACCCUGAUGGGCGGGAUCAUGCCCGUCUGUACUACAUCCUUUUAGCCCACCUGGCAGAGCCCAAGUUGGGAAUGGCACUGGGCCCCUCCCUUGCUGUGCCUGCACUGGCCUCAUCCCUGGUGGCUGAGAACCAGGGCUUUACAGCAACACUGAUGGUACAGGAGACCCCGGCCCCAAUUCAGCUGAGCCUCGGGCCCCAGAGGGCAAAAGGCCCAUUCCCAGUGCUCCAGCUCCAGGUGGAGACGCUGGAGCCUGUCUAUUCCCUGGAGCUGCGCUUCCAUGUGGAAGGACAGCUCUAUGGUCCCUUGGAGGCCAUCCACGUGCCCUGCCUGUGUCCUGGCCGCCCCGCCCACCCUCUGUCCCUGUCCCUGCAGCCUCGAUGCCCAGUCCCUGCACAGCUGGAUGUCCAGGCCCUGUACACUACACCUGCUGGCCUCACCUGCCACGCCUGCCUGCCACCCCUGGCAGUGAGCUUCGCUGACCUCUUUCUUCCUUUCCCCCAGGCCCCCAAGGGGGCUGAAUCGAACUUCUUUGAGGAGCUCUGGGACUCUUGCCUACCAAAGGGUGCAGAAAGCCGUGUGUGGUGCCCACUUGGGCCACAGAGCCUGGAGACUUUGGUGGCCCGCCACCUAGGGCCCUUUGUAGUGGUGGCACAGCCUCCCACCAGCUACCACAUAGCUGUCCGGCUGCCUCCGGACUCCAUGCUGCUGCUGCGGCUGGAGAUGGCCCGCAGGGAUGGAGUGCCCGUGGCUCUGCGGACAGAUGACUGGGCUGUGCUGCCACUGGCUGGUGACUACCUCCGUGGGCUUUCAGCCUGCUGAGUGAGCCCCAGGAGCUCAUGUGGAGCAGGACUAUGGUCUUUGUAGGGACUGACCUUAGAUGGGCUACAAAGAGGCCAUGCGUCUGGAGCUCUUGUUCCAUAAAAACCUGUAACUGCCAGUAACCCUUAUUGGGCUUGUUUACUCUUGAACCCUGGAUAGGAACAGGCUCACUAGGGUGGGAUCAUAGGCCCCAAGAAAGUUCCAGACUAACGCUGGGCAUUGGUUGCUCAUGAGUAUAAUCCUUGCUACUCAGGAGGCUGAGAUCUGAGGAUUUUCAAAGCCAGCCCAGGCAGAAAGUCUAUGGGACUCUUCUUUCUAGUUUACUAGCAAAAAAAAAAAAAAAGAUAGACAAUGGAACUAGCCGUGGAAUAGCAUCUAGGCCGAGCUGAAGUUCCAGAACUGGCACACACAGAAAGAAGUUGUAGAUGA